UCCGCUUGCAAGCGUAAAAUAGGCAAAUUGUCUCACGUGUGGUUCUUGCUGAAAAGGUAGCGUGAGGAAACCUUUAUCAAUCGGUUCCCACAUGCCCGUGACCCUCGUGAGGUUAAGCGAUUCAGAUAAUUGACGUAUGGAUUUGUUCUUUCUCUUCUGUAUUGUACGUAUAAGCCUAACCAGGGAGAUUUUGACCUUUCCAACUUCCUAAAAUGUUUACCGAGUAGAGAAAUACUUUGGAUGCGAAUGGCACACAUGAUGAAAAGGUUUAGGUCCUGCUCCAGCUCUGUAGGGACACAUUGUGCUUUUGCCUCACAAUUGGAAGCACGCUCAGCGGUGCAUUUUUGAGAAAAAAUAUUAAGGAGAUGUUUUUUAGAUGACCAACGAAGAUUUCUUUGCAAAAAAAGGUUUGGACAUUAAACACGCAAUGAAUAUAGAAGGAAAUAUUGAAAAUGGAUUCCCUUUCCAUCCAGACGGUGACAUAGAUGUGGCUCCAGUUAUGGAACCUCGGCAAGCUUGGAUUAAGACAUUUGUCAAACGCCUUGGCUCUGGAACAGUAACAAUUGUUAUUUACACCGAAAAGAAGGCCUACAAACCAGGCGAAGGCAUCCAAGUCAUUGUUGAAGCCAUCAACCGGUCGACUUGCUCGUUGAUGCUCAAGUACAUAUUACAACGGACGCAAAGUCGGAUUUCCCCGGGUAAAAGGAUAACUGCCGUGUGUCCUAUCGCUGAGAAAGAUGCCAAGCAUGUUCGCGCCUACAGCAGAAAGAUGAUGCUCGAUGUGAUCACCGUCCCGAGAGGGAGCCCUCCCACCAUCUCCAUGGGUUCACCCAUUGAACUACACUACGAGUUGAAGGUCUGUGUGGAUAUGACUGGCUCAAACUCCGCUUACCUCAGCUGGCCAAUAGUUGUGCGCCCCAGCAGUCUACAUUCCGCCAAACGACAUCAACAGUCACUCAAAGCUUUAACUUUGAGAGAUGUUCUUCAUCCAAAUCCAAACCAGCAAAUGCAGAGGCCAAGAAAACGACCACGAAAAGCCAACUCUAUAGACUCGCCUCCUCGAUUUUGAAAUUUUUAACUACAAAACUAAUGAAGGUGGGAAACUAUCCAUCCAUCCAUUUUCUGUACCGCUUUGUCCCCACGGGGGUUGCGGGCAUGCUGGAGCCUAUCUCAGCGGCUAUCGGGCAGUAGGUAGGGGACACCCUGAACCGGUUGCCAGCCAAUCGCAGGGCACACAGAGACGACACACCUAGGAGCAAUUUGGAGUGCUCAAUCGGCCUACCAAGCAUGUUUUUGGGAUGUGGGAGGAAACCGGAGUACCCGGAGAAAACCCACGCUGUCAUGGGGAGAACAUGCGAACUCCACACAGGCAGGGUCAAAGGUGGAAUAGAACCCCCACCCUCCUAACUGUGAGGCGGAUUUGCUAACCAGUGGUAAACUAUUUCUCUACAAUAUUUAUCUUUUGCAUGAAAUUCAUAUAUUGGAUGGGAAUUUAAUCCAAGGAUGUAAAAGGUUAAAUGCUCAUAGAUGGCAAUUGCUCGUAAGUGUAGGUGAUUUAAUUAAGUGUAAGCAAACAAAUUGCAACCUAAUGGCUGUAUGUAUUUAUGUACAUUAUAUUUAUAUUUUAUAUUUAUUUUCAUGUGUGUGAGUGUAUCUAUAUGUGUAUAUAUUUCAUACAUUUUUAUUCAUGUAUUUUUAUUUUUUAAUGUAUUUUCAAAAUUGAGCUCUAUGUUAUGAUUAUGUUAAUUGUACUUAUUGUUGAGGCCACUGUAAAGGAGUUGUACAUACAGCUGUAUAAAUUUAAACUGAAAUAAAUUGUUACUCUUCAAACUCUC